GCAAAGAAAAUAAAAAAAAAAGGGAAAAAAGGGAAAAACGAUCGUGAAAUAUCAACAGACACCCCAGUUUUAUCCUCGGAUUCGAACUUUCCCCUGAGCGAGCCGAGAGAGAAUCGACUGAAGAGAGGAACGGAGGAGAUAGGCAUGAUCGCGUAGAGGGAAUGGAUCCGGAGCAGACGUUUAUUCGGGUCCAGGAGCGGUUCUCGCAGGUUCUGACGCCUCGACUCAGAGCUGCUUUGGAGUAUGUCUACCUCUUCAUUGCCGUCACUCUCUUCUGCAUCCUCGUCGUCAUGCACGCCAAUUACGUUCAGCAGCCUGGCUGUUCUAGUGAGUUCGCAGGAGUCGAAACAGCAGAUGCUCAACUCUUUCAUAUCAAGAUAACCAGUGUAGGCUUGUGGUCACAAAAUGAGACUGCAUUGGACAGGAGAGGUCUUCCUGAUUCUGAACAUGCGGAGGGCGAAGUUGAAGUUCAGAAUGUAGAUGGAAAGGGAUUGACACUUCUGGCUGCUAAGUAUUGGUUAAAUUGGAUUGUCUCAGGUGUUAAAAGGGGCAACCUAGUCUUAAAGUUUUGGAAGACUGACAAUGAACUAUCUGACCAUCAAGCGGAAACUUUUCCUAGUGGCCAGAAUUCUAAGUCAGCAGAUGAUGAAGCAAUUGGCAGAACUGAUAAAGUAGAGUCUCGGUAUAGCUUUCCUUUAUCCGCCAAAGAAACAUUUAAAGCUGCUAUUGCUCACUUCGGCAGGAAAUGGUACAGACGUCUCUCAUUCAUAUGGAGACUUGUGAAGCAAAUUGUUGGAAGUUUCUGGAAAUUGUGGAACAUUGCAGGUGUGCAUUUCAACAUCGACAUACCCAUGUGGUUGCAGAUACUUCAUUUAGAUAGGAUCAACUUAUAUGCAGUGCACUUGACCGAAAGGAGAAUUAAGGCUUUUGAACCAACGUACUUGUACACCAUGGAAAAGGGAUAUUUUCUGCUGCCCGAAAAUGCUAAGACUCAGCACAACAUUCGUACGGUCAAUAUUAGCAUAUCAGGUCGACAUUCUUGCUUUGGAAACAGGUGGCAGCAACUUCUGAUAAACGGAUUUGUUGGAUAUGAUACCAUUUUGAUGAAUAGUUUGUUGAACUCUUCUAAACAAGGUUAUCUGUACAAUUACCAGACCAAGGAGUUCUUCAAUCUUAGUUAUGCGCAACCUCCGGAAGGUCCAGCAAGAUUUGGAGACUAUUUUGUGACAAAGUGUGGAGUGCUCAUGAUGUCUCUGUUCGUUUUUUUCACAACCACAAUGUCCGUAUCAUUCACAUUGAGAGAGACGCAAACCCGAAUGCUGAAAUUCACAGUGCAGCUUCAACAUCACGCAAGACAUCGGCUUCCCACAUUUCAACUGAUAUUUGUGCAUGUCAUAGAAUCCCUUGUCUUUGUACCGAUCAUGAUCGGGAUUCUCUUUUUUCUGUUCGAGUUUUAUGAUGACCAGCUAUUGGCUUUCAUGGUGUUAAUUCUCGUGUGGUUAUGUGAACUAUUUACACUCAUAAGUGUCCGCACGCCAAUAUCAAUGAAGUUCUUUCCUCGGUUUUUCCUGCUCUAUUUCCUGGUUUUCCAUAUUUAUUUCUUUUCCUAUUCGUAUGGUUUUUCAUACUUGGCACUCUCUACAACGGCAGCAUUCAUGCAGCAUCUAAUCUUAUAUUUCUGGAACAGAUUUGAGGUCCCCGCUCUACAAAGGUUUAUGCAAAAUCGGCGGUCACAGCUUCAACAACACCCAGACUUCCACAUCACCUCCUCCACAAUUCUUGCAUCAACAUUUCACAUCACCAGACUAAACACUAGGAAUGCAGGUCCAGCUAAUACAGACGUGAUAACUGGACCCGGGCCUGGGCAGAGACCUGGAUUAGAUCUAACCACGCAGGAGAAUACCAUGCGGAAUAGUUUCGGGCUUCAGGAACAGGCUGAAACUGACAAUGCUGGACAGCCCGACCUACGCCAAGCCGAGGGUGGUGCCAACCCAGGAACUAUGAACUCGUUCAGCUCUCUCUUGUUGUGGAUAUUAGGCGGUGCCUCUUCUGAAGGUCUCAACUCGAUCUUUUCUAUGUUCAGAGAUGUGAGAGACCAAGGACAAGUAUAUGCAGAAUCCCCCAGGCAUGAAAAUCGCACGACUCCAAAUGCUCAAUAGCAUAGGAAACAAAGAUGAGUCAACCAUCCGUUGAAAGAAAUGCAUCUUGAUGUUUAAUGGUGAAAAAGGCAAUAGGUGAAUGGAAUUCACUGAGCUUUUGUUUGUACA